ACUUGUUUCUUGUCGGAAACCGGAAGUUGAGGUUUCAAGGAAGAAAAUAGCUCGUGAAAAUGGCUCCAGAUAGGCAACUGUCAUCUCUUUUCAGCUACCCUCACCAAGGCGUUUGCAAAAUAUUCCUACUGUUGUGGCUACUGCAUUUUUCUUCAGUGUGCUCAGAUAUAACAGACGGUAACGCUGAACACCUGAAGCGGGAGCAUUCACUCAUAAAGCCAUACCAAGGUGUUGGAACAAGUGCUUCGAGUCAGUGGGAUUUUUGGGGGAGUACUUUAGUUACAAGCCAGUAUGUACGCCUGACGCCUGACGAACGUAGCAAGCAAGGUUCCAUCUGGAACACAGUGCCUUGUUACUUGAAAGACUGGGAGAUGCAUGUGCAGUUUAAAGUUCACGGAUCAGGGAAGAAGAAUCUGCAUGGGGAUGGCAUUGCAAUUUGGUACACAAAAGAGCGAUCACAUCCUGGACCAGUCUUUGGAAACCAGGACCAUUUUGUAGGCCUGGCUGUUUUUGUGGAUACUUUCCGCAAUGACCUCCACGGCAUGGAUCGUUCCUUUCCCUACAUUUCUGCAAUGGUGAGUAAUGGCUCACUGUCAUAUGAUCAUGGAAACGAUGGCCGCUCUACAGAACUGGGGGGCUGCUCAGCUGAACUCAGGAACAAAGACCACGACACAUAUCUUGCUAUUCGGUACUCCAAAGGCAGACUCACAAUUAUGGUUGAUGUCGAUGACAAGAAUGAGUGGAAAGAGUGUAUUGAUAUCGGGGGCGUCCGCCUCCCUACCGGCUACUAUUUUGGAGCGUCUGCAGCCACAGGCGAUCUCUCAGACAACCAUGAUAUCAUCUCUAUGAAAAUGUACCAGCUGAUGGUAGAACACACUCCUGAGGAGGACAGCCAAGACUGGACUAAGAUUGAGCCCAGUGUCAGUCUGCUCAAGUCUCCCAAAGACAACAUUGAUGAUCCAACUGGUAAUUUCCGGAGUACACCUCUUACCGGCUGGAAGGUCUUCCUGCUUCUCCUGUGCGCGCUUCUCGGGAUUGUUGUUUGUGCUGUUGUGGGAGCAGUGGUCUUUCAGAAACAACAAGAGAGAAACAGGAGGUUUUACUAGACAUCAGUCUAAACAGGACAAUUUCUAUGAACUCAAAAGAAUGUGGAUGGGAAAGGUUAAUGUGAAUUUUUUUUUUUAUUUGGACAAAUGUCGACAUAUUGAAGUGAAUUAAAUGAAGGGGGGGAUGGGUAGCAGCAGUGGUUUCGACUCAUGCAAUGUACACCAGAUCACACAUUUCAUGUUUAAAAACCACCGCACUAUAUAAAUCAAUGUGGAGACAGUGUGAUGUGACUACAUUUUAUCUAAACUGUUUAAUCUACACUUACCACUCUGAUCUGUUUACUAGUUUGAUCUGUCUUAAAUAUGUGUAAAUCAUAUCCAUGAUUGUAGUGCUUUUAGAUUUAAAACCAAAAACAGUUGUUUCUUUAGGUGCACUUGUGAGUUUCCAUCAGGGUAUGUUUUCAUCAGUUACUUCCUAUUUGGGUUUUGAAGGGGAUUAUGGUAAACUUUAAGGGUUGAAUAUGGUUUGGGGUUAACCCAGUGGGUUUAGAUUUGAGAAACUAUGGAUUGUAUCCCAGUUGAAAGCUACAGCCAUUUUGUCCUUAAAAAACCACACACCACACCAAGAUUCAUAAUAUAUUUGUUACUGCAAACUGCCUUUUAGGAAAAAGCAAAAGAAAUGAAAAAGGUUGUUGAAAAACACGUUAAGUCAAAGUUAAGCUGAUUUCUGUCCAGUUUACCAACCCUCUGUCAUGACUGUUUAGGGCAGGGGUGUCCAGUCUUAUCUGCAAAGAGUCAAUGUGGGUGCAGGUUUUCAUUCCAGCCAAGCGGAAGCCACACCUGAGUCUACUGAAAGCCAAGCCCAACUGAUUAAACAGGUGGAAUCAGGUACGGCUUCUGCUUGACUGGAAUGAAAACCUGGACUCACACUGGCCCUUUGCGAAUAAGAUUGGACAGCCCUGGUUUAGGGUGGUUUUUUUCUUCAGCUCCAGCAGUGUUAUCUUUUUAUAGGCAGUUGCAAAUGCUAAGUAUUAUUGGCUGCAUAAAUCUAUGAAAUGAUCUGCAUUUGCUUUAAUAUAAAUGGCUUAGUUCAAUACAUAUAUAAGGACAGAGCACAAUUUGCAGAAUAGAAUAAAACACUGAGGCUUAAUUGUCAACUAGAAAUGACUUAAACGUGUAUGAUGGGAAUCUUGUGAAUGUAACAGUGCAUGUUGCAAGCUGGGUAUAAUGCACUGAUAGGCCAUGGAGCUGUUCCCUACCAAUGUCUGUGAAAUACAAAGGGCAAGAAUUGUACAAGAACUGGAUGGUAAAUAAAGAAGUUCUUCCAGUA